AAAAUAAAAAAGGACUAAGAAUUUAUAAGUUGGUAACAGAAAUGGAUAGAGAAGAGGAGAGGAGAAGAAAUUAGAGAAAGGAGGGUGAAGAUGUCGUCCACAUGUUUGCUACCACCUAUCAAUGGAGGCCACCUUCUCUUCUCUCUCAAUCACCAUCGCCUCUCUGCAACUCCCACUCCCUACAAGUGGGGAUGGAGAAGAUACCAAGGUGGAAACAUAGUUGCUUACAGAACCAAUGGCCACGCCCUUCAAAUGUUGCCCAAUCCUAAUGCGUCUCAAAAGAAAGGAAAUAAUGAGGUGAUCAUGGUUGAUCCUUUGGAAGCCAAGCGAUUGGCUGCCAAACAAAUGGAAGAAAUUAAAACAAAGGAGAACUUCAGGAGAAAACGACAAAUAGAAGCAAUUAAUGGCGCAUGGGCGAUGAUUGGUCUGACAGCAGGCUUGGUUAUUGAAGGUCAAACUGGAAAAAGCAUUCUUGUUCAGUGAUUUUAUUGCAAAUCUUUGCUCUUCAGCUGGCUGACUACUGGAGUGCUAUUGUCAACUUUUUCAUGCUAUAGAGAUUCGGAUGUCUGGCUGAAGAAUUGCAGAUUCGUUGCUGUAUCAUUCUUUACAAUUGUACGUAUAUGAUCUUUUAAUUAACUGUUGCAUCUGCCAGCAUAUUUAUACCUUAUAUGUUGUGCUUGUAUCACAGCCUCCCUGCUGAUCUGUUAUAAUUCAUGGUGGCAUUCUUUUCAUUUGGAACUAUAUUGGGUAGAAGAAUUUCCCCCUUGCAAUUUUGCACAACUUUUUGGUUACAAACUUCCGAGAAAUUGUGAAGACUAGGGGUAGAGCUUAGAUGAGUAGAUGCUUUAAAGUAGAGCUCAGAUGAGUAGAUGCAUUCUUCCAAACUUCCUUCUCCAGGAGCGGACCAGGGUUGGCCUUGAGAUUAGUGAUAAACAUAAACUGCUGAGCUGAGGUUUAUUGGGUCCAUCUCUUACUAGUGUUUUCAUGUAUUCCUUUCCAGUCCUAGAAUGACUAAACCCUAGUUUCCUGCUGGGUAACAGCUGUUUAUUACUAGAGUCUUGUUCAGGAACACCGUUUUAGCUCCGUACUUUUGUGAAUGGAAUCAUCUUGUGUUUA